ACGCGCCGCUCCCGCCGCUCCCCCUCAGCCGGCAGGGCCGGGCCCGCCAUGGCCCCCGCCUGGAUCGGCCGCCUCUGCCUGCUCCUGCUGUGCCUCUGCGGGGAGGCCGCCGCGGGGAGAGACUUCUACAAGAUCCUGGGGGUGUCCCGCGGCGCCUCCAUCAAGGACAUCAAGAAGGCCUAUCGCAAACUGGCGCUGCAGCUCCAUCCCGACAGGAACCCCGACGACCCCCGCGCCCAGGAGAAGUUCCAGGACCUGGGCGCUGCCUACGAGGUGCUGUCAGAUGAGGAGAAGAGGAAGCAGUACGAUGCCUAUGGAGAGGAGGGCCUGAAGGAUGGCCACCAGAGCUCCCAUGGAGACAUCUUCUCCCAUUUCUUUGGGGACUUUGGAUUCAUGUUUGGAGGGAGCCCUCGGCAGCAGGACAGGAAUAUUCCCCGGGGAAGUGACAUCAUCGUGGACCUGGAGGUCACACUGGAGGAGGUGUAUUCAGGAAACUUUGUAGAAGUUGUCAGGAACAAGCCAGUGGCAAGACAGGCACCUGGCAAACGGAAAUGCAACUGCAGGCAGGAGAUGAGAACCACCCAGCUGGGCCCUGGGCGCUUCCAGAUGACUCAGGAAGUUGUUUGUGAUGAGUGUCCCAACGUCAAGCUGGUGAAUGAAGAGAGGACACUGGAAGUGGAGAUAGAGCCAGGGGUGAGGGAUGGCAUGGAGUAUCCCUUCAUUGGGGAAGGUGAGCCCCACGUGGAUGGGGAGCCAGGAGAUUUGCGCUUCCGAAUAAAAGUUCUCAAGCACCCAGUGUUUGAAAGGAGAGGAGAUGACUUGUACACAAACGUGACAAUCUCGCUGGUCGAGGCACUGACAGGCUUUGAGAUGGAUAUUGCCCACUUGGAUGGGCACAAGGUUCACAUUGUGCGGGAUAAAACCACAAAACCCGGCGCCAAGCUGUGGAAGAAGGGAGAAGGGCUUCCAAACUUUGAUAACAACAACAUCAAAGGCUCCCUAAUAAUCACCUUUGAUGUGGAGUUCCCCAAGGAGCAGCUGACACCAGAGCAGCGGGAAGGUCUCAAGCAGCUGUUGAAGCAAGGAUCAGUGCAGAAGGUCUACAAUGGAUUGCAGGGAUAUUGAUGUGUGGAAAAAUUGGACUUCCCUGGAAAUGCAAAGUCAGAUUUGUUUGCAGUCUUUUCUCCUGCCCACUGUAGAAGGGGGAAGAGGGAGGGGGGUGAUGGUUGAGGUUUAGCUCAUCUUUGGUUUGUAAAUUAUGGAAGUGCUCACAGUUUGGGGAAAUACUUUUUCAGGACAUAACUGGUGCUGCCUAUCAUGUUCCACGUCCUGGAACAACAGAGAUUCCUUGAGCAGGAAAACAUAGGUGGGGGAAAGGAGUUUUAAAUUCCACACAGAUUGGAAUUUCUGGUUUUUAAAUAUAUUUUGAUGUGACUUUUCUUGGCCAUCUCAACAUA